GGCGACCUGGGCGCACUUGGCGUCGGGCGGGCGGUCUCUCGGGGUCCACAUGAACCAAUGGCAUCGUGCCCACAGCCGCUGGGGCCGGGAACGCGCCUCUUCUGGACGUUCCUCGGCCAAGAGGAAGGGCGGGAACCACAUCCCCGAAAGGUGGCAAGACUAUCUCCCUGUUGGACGGAGGAUGCCUGGGACUCCAACAUUGCUUUCGAAGUCCCUUUGAAAAAGAGGUGAGACACCAUGAGCUCUGUGGAUCUACAAUGAUUGGGAAACUGCAAGUUAGGAGGCUGUCCCAGUAAUCCAGGCAGGAAAUGAUGGAGACUUGGACUAGAGUGGAAGUGGAGGAGAACGGUCAGGAGUGGACAAGUCCUUGAUACAAUGUGAAGGUGGCAAGACUAUCUCCCUGUUGGACGGAGGAUGCCUGGGACUCCAACAUUGCUUUCGAAGUCCCUUUGAAAAAGAGGUGAGACACCAUGGGCUCUGUGGAUCUACAAUGAUUGGGAAACUGCAAGUUAGGAGGCUGUCCCAGUAAUCCAGGCAGGAAAUGAUGGAGACUUGGACUAGAGUGGAAGUGGAGGAGAAUGGUCAGGAGUGGACAAGUCCUUGAUACAAUGUGAAGGUGGCAAGACUAUCUCCCUGUUGGACAGAGGAUGCCUGGGACUCGUUUCAUUGCUUUUAAAGUUCCUUUGAAAAAGAGUUUUGAAGAGAAACUUGCUCCAGAAGAACGCUUUUCCCCCUUGGACCUUUUUAACAAAAUCCAAGAACAAAAUGAAGAACUUGGACUGAUUAUUGAUUUAACAUAUACUCAGCGCUAUUAUAAACCAGAGGACUUACCAGAAACUAUUCCUUACUUAAAAAUUUAUACGAUUGGUCAUCAGGUGCCUGAUGAUGACACUGUUUUAAAAUUCAAAUGUGCUGUUAAUGGGUUUUUGAAAGAAAAUAAAGAUAAUGAUAGACUUAUUGGUGUCCACUGUACCCAUGGUUUAAACAGGACUGGCUACCUCAUCUGCAGAUAUUUGAUUGAUGUAGAAGGCAUGAGGCCAGAUGAUGCAAUUGAAUUAUUCAAUAGAUGCCGGGGGCAUUGCAUAGAAAGACAAAACUACAUUGAAGACCUUCAGAAUGGUUCCAUCAGAAGGGAUCGGAAUUCCCGUGUAUCCAGAUCAAGUGGUUUUGAAUACUCACCAUAUAUGAUGGAACCAGCCCACACCACUAAUAACGCUGUUCACCAAGGACCUAGGAAUAACGUACAUUGGACCCAAGGUUACCGAACACCUCGCCAUUUCCACACCCAGACCCAAGAUUUACAGCAGUCAGUAAGAAAAUUUCCACAGAAUCAGAAUGUUUACCAGAGAGGCCAUAACCCUCCUCCGCCUGGUCCCCCUGGAGAGGACUAUUCACAAGGAAGGUAUUCUUGGAAUGUACAGCCAAAUGCCAGUCAAGUAGUCCCGAAUCAAAGUUGGUAUCCUGGCAGUUACUAUGGACUACCCUACCCAGCCUAUUAUGGAUGGACCCAAUGACACAAACCUGUCCUGGAAAUCUGUCGGGAGACAGCAGGACUGAAGACAGUUGGAGUGACUUUUUAUACAAUCAGGUCAAAUGAGGUUUAUAAUCUAUUUUUUUCUACCUUAAGUUCAAACCUAAGGCAAAAUUAUAUUAAUAUUUAACUCUUUGCCGUUAAAUUUGCAGUAUUUGAAAUACUGAAGGAAAUAAUCUGUUGUUCCAGUCUUAAAUAUUUCAAACGUAUUUUAGAACUGAUAAAGUAAUAAAGAACAUCCAUUGUACACAA